AUGGCCCGAAGCCAAAGGCAGCUCAAGGGAUGGCAAUAUAUCAUUGAACUGGAGAAGUCUUCUGUCAAUGCUGAUGCUGAGACGCUGGCAAGGAGGAGCCUGCGUGGUAGGCGAACCAUUGAGACUAUUACUCUCAAAAGAGAAGUCGAUGAUCUUGAGAUUAAAGCUGGAGAUACGGUUUUGAUACAACAAAAAGAAAUGGGACUGGCAGAGGUCGCUUUAAUAAAAGACAUCAGGUUUGGAAAUGAUAACUUUUUGGACGUUGUGGUGCUAUGGUUCAUACGAAUGCGGGACAUUGAAUAUGAAGACUUACCAAGCGUCGAGGAAUAUUCAGAUAAGAGUAAACUAAAGGAAAAUGAAAUAUUCCUUACUUCGUAUUUAGAAGAAAUUCAAUUGGAUGAGAUCCUAGAAAAGACAAUUGUUCUAUCAGCGGAUGAAUUUGAUGGAGAUAUGAUUAUUGACGGGUCAAAUUCCUCCACGACAUUUAUGUGCAAAAGAGGAUGUGAUUCUGUUGGAGAGCAAUUCACAGAAGAUUUUGACUAUCGAAAACUACUUGAAUUAUUUGAGAAAGACAGCAAUGAGCUCAUGGAAUUUAUCAGAAGUCGCACAGUCCCAAAAGCUUAUAAUAUAAGGAAAAGUCCGCAACCAAAAAAGAGUAGAACCAUUGAAGAACAAAUAUCGGAUAAUGGAAAGAAAAUAAAUCCUAGGAAGCGUAUGCCUGCUAGCUCUGGUAGGUCUGAUGACGAGGGACCCGAACCCGAUCUUUCUGACAACUUGGAGGAAGAAGAACAGGAUGACGACUCUGAGGUAGAAUCUGAGAAUGAAAAGGCUCCCAAGAAAAAAAGAGGGAGAAAUAAGUCAAGUGCCUCAAAACCAGGUGAUGCUUCAAGGGAUUAUAUUAACUCGGUUUUGUCUCCUCUUAAGAAGAGGCUAAAAGUCAAACAAGAUUUGACAAAGCCUUCGUUGCUGUCAUUGUCGCCUAGAAAAGUACGGGCAAGUUCUAGCAUAAAUGGAGAUCUGGUUAUUGAUACCACAUCAGAGGUCUUCAAGGAAGUCAAAGCUAAAUUGCAUACAUCAUCUAAAUUAACAUCGCUACCCUGCAGAGAAGAUGAAUUCACUUCUAUCUAUUUAAACUUAGAAACUGCAAUUCAAGAAAAUUCUGGAUGUUGUGUUUAUAUAAGUGGAACUCCAGGGGUAGGAAAGACUGCUACUGUUCGUGAAGUCAUUUCUCAAUUGCAAGAUAUGGUUCAGCAUGAAGAACUACAAGAGUUUGAUUAUUUAGAAGUGAACGGUUUAAAAUUACUUUCGCCAAACGUAGCAUACGAAAUUUUAUGGGAAAAGAUAAGUGGCCUCAAGGUUAGUCCUUCCAAUGCAGCUCUUUUACUUGAAAACUAUUUCAGUCAAAAUACUCCUAAAAAGCCGUUAGUCGUACUAAUGGAUGAACUUGAUCAAAUUGUGACGAAGAAGCAGAAUGUAAUGUACAACUUUUUUAACUGGCCAACAUAUGCUCACUCUGGUUUGAUCGUUAUUGCACUUGCGAACACUAUGGACUUACCAGAAAGGGUUCUUUCUAACAAGAUAUCAUCAAGGCUAGGCCUACGCAGAAUUCAAUUUAGUGGAUAUUCGUACGAGCAAUUGGGUAUAAUCAUAGCUCAUCGUUUGGAUCUGUUGGCUAAUCUAAAUAAAAAGAAAGUUGUCGUAAGUUCUGAUGCUAUUGGGUUUGCGUCCAGAAAAGUAGCUAGUAUCAGUGGAGACGCUCGAAGAGCAUUGACUAUAUGUAGAAGAGCUGUUGAGAUUGCAGAAAAAGAGUUCUUUUCAUCAAAAGAGGUUGUUAAUGGCGAGGAAUCUGACGUAUGUCACAUUCAAAUUUCCCAUAUUUCAAAAGCAAUUAAUGAAACUAUUAACUCACCUACUUCCCAGUUUAUUUCUAACUUACCGUUUGCAUCUAAACUUUUCUUGUCUGCUAUUUUGCUAAAUAUGAAACGAACAGGACUCGCAGAAAACUCAUUGGGAGAUAUAAUUGAUGAGAUGAGAAAGUCUUUGAUGAUGGUUACAUCAUCCGAAAGUAAUAGGACACUUGACGGACUCAAUAUGAAUACAUCUUUAAUGGGUCUUCUUUAUGGCCAUGGACUUAUUGAGGAAUAUGCCAAAUUAAAUAUUAGAGUCGCCAGCUUUUCCUAUGUUGUGAAUGAGUUGGUUGAAGCAGGAAUUUUAGUUCAACAGAAUACUCAAAGCGAACGCUACAGACUCUUGCAUCUAAAUGUUUCCGAGAAGGAAAUCCUCUCAGUAUUGAAGAGAGACAAGGAGAUAAGUACUUUGUUAUAA